AUGGACGACGACGGCGACACAAAACCCGAGAGUGAUUCCGACGAAACAGAUACCACUCCAGCGCAAAAUGCCAGUCCACACACUGUUGCCUGGCGUUCUUUCGCGCUGGUCUUUUCGUGCGAAACCCUGAAGAGAACAGGCAACAUGGCGAUUGACUCGUCCACAUGGAAAAAGUACAGUGAGAAGGACGCGGAGCUGGAAGCUCUGCUACCUCAUCUACCACCAUUCAAGUCUUUCGAAGACUACUCAUCAGCCACUGAAUUGCGCCAGUCUUUCAAUGAACAAAUCGGGCAAUUGAUCGCAGCCGGUAUUGUGGCUUUUCCUGAUUGGACCGGUUACCACAAAUCCGAGAUCCAGAUUCCUACACGCGAUGGUGCUUCGAUACGUUCCAUCGUGUUUCACCCGGAGGGAAAAGAGCCAGGACCACUGUAUGUGUACUUUCACGGCGGUGGAUGGACUAUUGGAAUGCCAGAGUAUGGUGAGGUUAUGGCAGAAGCGUUGGUGAAGGAACUGGGUUUCACGGUUGUGAGCGUAGGGUAUAGGCUUGCACCUGAGCAUGUCUUUCCUACCGCGGCGCAUGACGCUAUCGAUGCUGUCAAAUGGUGUGGCGAGAACGCGAAGUCGUUGAGCGCCAAUCCAUCCAAAGGCUUCAUCUUAGCGGGAACUUCGGCUGGAGGCAACCUAGCAAAUGUAGCAGCCCAUCAGGUUGUCGAAGACAAGUUUACUCCCAACGUCACUGGUGUCGUCCUAAUGUCUGCUGCGGUAUGCCAUCACGAGGCCAUGCCGGAAGAGUACAAACCUCACUUGUCAAGCUGGGAGGACCACAAAGACAGCCUAGGACUGGGCCGCCGAAGCAUGAUAUGGUUCUUUGACAAGUACAAACCAGACCCCAAGUCACCAUUGAUGAGUCCGUUGAUCUGGAAGACUCAUGAGGGUCAACCGGCUACGUAUCUACAGGUUAUGGGAACUGAUCCGCUUCGUGACGAAGCACUUGUAUACGAGAACCUUCUUCGGGACAUGGGUAUACCAACGAAGCUUGAUGUGUAUGCUGGGUUGCCGCAUGGUGCGCCAGACUUCUUUCCCAUGCAUAGUGCUGCGAAGAAGGCAUCGAUGGAUUUGAAGGAGGGUCUAGAAUGGAUCUUGAAGCAGAGCUCAGCGUGA